ACCACACAGAUAUAUGUGCAUAUAUAUUAUACCAUAUAUAUAUAAUUGCCUUUUAUAUCAUCUUUCUCACUCUAUAUAUAUAUAUGUAGCUGCUGUAUCUCUCUCUGUAUAAGUUAUCUGGUUGUUGAGAGAAUAUGAGGAUUCGCAAGAACGCCAAGCUCACAGAGCUGCUCUUCCCCAACGCUCCAGCCGGGGAGAAACUGCCGACGCAUGUGUGCAGGCUGAACCAGUCGCGAUGGGAUGUGAUGAAUUUCUUUCCGGAGAAGCCACGCCCAUCUUCGUCUCGUCCCAAGUCUGAUGGAGAAGAUAGCUUAACGGCAAAUGGAAGCUUAGGCGAUUCUAUCGGUGCUGUCCAGAGUAGCGUGGCGUCGAUGGAGAAGCCUGAUUUCAUGAAUAUCGACGAGAAGGAGGAGGUGGACGUGCGUGGGAAAUUGGAGGGCAAUAAGGAAAGCCCGAUAUUGAUCGACACUGAAUUGGGGUCUAAGCGCAAAGACAAGAGAAGCUCGCAAUGCAAGACAAAAACCGGCGACGUUUCAUUACUCAAAUCUUGCGGCAGUAUUGCCGAUCCAUCAGUCAACCAAGCGGACAAGCAGCCGACUCGUCGCGGCGGAGCUCGAACAACCAACAAGCGCUCCACCUCUUCGUCCAGUCCCUACGAAUUUUAUUAUUAUUCUGGGUUUGGGCCAGCGUGGAGUAAGCGCCGAGGUGAAAGAGCAGCUGAACCCUCCAAGACCCACCUCAAGAAUGGUCUUCCUCCUCUUCCUCCUGCUUUUCCUGAAGCUCCAGCCGCCAUCACCACUAGUAAGAGCAACAGCAAUAACAGUUCCCGAACCAAUCGAACAAGCUCCUCCUCCUCGCAAUUCGGCAGCAAACGAGGAUUUGAUUAUGUGGACGUCGAUGAGGACGAAGACGACGACGACGUCAAUGGCGGUACUGUCAAGAAGAGAACGAGGAAACCCGUCAAAGCCAGAUCAUUGAAAUCUCUUAUGUGAAAAUUAGGAAAUGAAGAAGACGAAGAUGAAACCCCCUGAAAAUGGUAGCUCUUUUAUAUAUAUAUAUAUAUAAAUAAUGCACCAUUAUAUAUAUUUUAAACUUUGAAUUUCUUUUUUUGUUUUUAUAAAUAAUUCUGUUUUAUAAGAUGUUUGUGUUGGGGGGUAAGGUUAGCAUUGCCCUCAAACAAUGACAGUGAGUAGUGAGGUGUA